AGCCGAAUCGGGCUUUCACAUCGAACCGACAGCUUCGGCGUAACUCGAAGAGAUCAUCAAUCAAUUCAGUUAAUCAAAGAAGAAGAAGAGAAAAUGUCUUCACUUGCAGCUGCUAGAGCAGACAAUUUUUACUACCCCCCAGAAUGGAGCCCAAAAAAGGGUUCUUUAAACAAGUUUCGUGGUCAGCAUGCUUUGAGGGAGAGGGCAAGAAAAAUAGACCAGGGUAUUUUGAUUAUAAGGUUCGAGAUGCCUUUCAAUAUCUGGUGUGGCGGAUGCAAUUCUAUGAUUGCAAAGGGUGUAAGGUUCAAUGCAGAGAAAAAGCAAGUGGGAAAUUAUUAUUCUACAAAGAUAUGGAGCUUUACCAUGAAGUCUGCUUGCUGCAGACAUGAGAUUGUUGUUCAAACAGAUCCAAAAAAUUGCGAGUAUCUCAUAAUUAGCGGGGCCACACGAAAGACUGAGGAAUAUGACGUUGAAGAUGCGGAAACCAUGGCACUCCCAGUAGAUGAAGAUAGAGGCAAGCUAGCAGACCCUUUCUACCGUCUUGAACACCAGGAAGAGGAUUUAAAAAAGAAGAAAGAAGCUGAUCCGGUACUCGUGCGCCUUCAAAGGAUAUCUGAUGCCAGGCAUUCAGAUGAUUAUGCCUUGAACAAAUCUCUUCGGGCCCAACUUAGAAGUCAAAAGAAGAGAGUUGCUGAAGAAGAGGCUGCUUCCAGGACUAUUGGACUUGGCAUUCGACUAUUGCCGCCAUCUAAAGAAGAUGCUGCCACUGCUGCUGGUGUCAAGUUCUCGUCCAAGUUUGAUAGAAAUAGGAAGGAGAAACGGGCAUUGAUAAAUGCUGCUUCCAUUUUCCCUGGGUCAUCUGGGUCUUCUCUGUCCCUUGCAAAGCGGUUGGAGCUGGAAUCCAAGAGAAGGAAAAUAAACGCAGUUGCAGCAUCAAAGUUACUAGGAGGGGGAUUCAAGCCAUCAUCAUGGUCUCACAGCGCCGUUUCUUCUGUUGGGCGGAACAGGGCAUAAAGUCGCCGUGUCGACUGAGUUUCCGACAGUUUUUGAAACAUCUGGGGUUCUUCGAUAAAUAGGCUUAAGGACACUUGGUGACUUUGAUGGCAUGGGUGGAAUCUGGCCUGGUGUUGGCCCGGUCAAAUGGCAACAGCUAAGGAGUUUGUGUGUACAUAUAUAUAAGCUGUAGUGAUGUUUCAAAUUUAUCUUUUUUUCUUCUUGCCCUCUAUACCCACCCUCUCCCCCCUUCUUUUGGUGUCCUUUUCUAAUGUGAUUUUUUGUUCCUUCAUAUAUCGUGUGUGUGUGUGUUUUGCUCCAUGGUCACUUCAUUUUGUGAUUUGUGAUCAUGGAUAUCUCGAC